AGUUUUCUCCCCACGCCGACUUCCCUCCCUGCCUACUCGGAAGGAGGGGGCAUUCCUUGCGGGUUCCCUCCACUUGUCAAGCUUCCUGCCUCUCUAGGAACCGGAGUUCAAUUUCUCCCCUUCUACCAAUCUUCCCCCUCCGUUCGGAUUGGUGCAGAUGGCGGCAGAGCUUGGCACGGUCAGCUGACAAUUAAUGGCGUCACUUCCUGUUGAGAUCUGAUCCAGCUUUGGAAAUUGCUUUGUUCUUGGCUAGAGAGUUUCUCCUCGUGACAAGGAGUUCCAUAGCUCUCCUUUCCUCAAGCUCAGUACAGACAUUUGCUCUGGAAGUGUUGUGGCUCAGCCUCCCCAUUUCAAGCAGGAUUUGCUCAUCCUGCAGCUCUAAGCAGGCAAUGCCUGGACACCUUUCCCAGAAUGUCAGGCUCUGAGACGACAGACCCCCCCAUUUCACCCUUCUCAGGGACCGAAUGGGGCAGUGAGGUGGAGGCGGUUGGCUUGCCGUCUGUGCAGAUGGGUGCUUUAAUUUGGAUGCCUGCACUGAGAGGGGGUUGGACUCGAUGGCCUUAAGAGUUUCUCAUGCUCUGACAUCAUCUCCUGGUUGCAAAAAAAAGAAGAACAAUCCCUCUGGGAGAGAUUGACAGUGAAUGGGCAGAAGGAGAAUUAUUGAGAGCCAUCUGCGGCAUCAUUGGAAACAACCAAGUAUAACAUGGUGAAAUGAAUGUUUGGAAAUCAAAGGGAUUUAAAAGGCACGAGGAAAAUCAGUCUACAACUGAGAGGAAGAAAUCCUCUACUCUUUGGGUUUUGACAUCCACAAAAGCUUAAUCCAGAAAGAAGACUGCAAAAGAGCAGAGAAGGGAAAAGCUUCCAGUGUGAGGGGAAAAUUUCAAAUAUAAAUUAAAUGCAUGGUGCAGAUUUCACAGAAGGGAAAAACCAUGUAAAUGAAUGGAGUGUAGGAGGAGUUUGAGUCACAGUCAUAGCCUAAUUGAGCAUAAAGGAAUCCACACGGGGAAUUACUAUGCAUGCAUUAAAUGCAUGAACUGUGCAAAGAGCUGCAAUGAUAGCAAAAGCUAUAUUUUACAUCAGAGAAUCCACAAAGGAGUGAAACUGUUGAGUAGGGAAAGACCUGUGGUGAAAGCAGAAAACUUAUUUUACAUCAAAAAACCCAUGCAGGAAAGAAGUCCUGUAACUUUGUGGAAUGUGUAAAGAGCUUCAGUCAUAGCAGACUUUAUGACUAAUAUUUUAUGACUAAUAACCAGUACAGGGGUCUAGACAUUUAAAUGUGUGCAGUGUGGAAAGCGUUUCACUCAUAGCGAUAGCUUUACUGCAUAUCAAAUAAUUCACACAGGAAUGAGGGCAUAUAAAUGUAUGGAGUGUGGAAAGAGCUUCAGUCAGAGUAGUGCCCUUACUUUACAUCAAAGAAUCCAUACAGGGGUGAAACCACAUAAAUGUGGGGAAUAUGGAAAGAGCUUCCGUUGGAGUAGCCACCUUAUCUCACAUCAAAGAACCCACACAGGGAUAAAGCCACAUGAAUGUGUGGAGUGUGGAAAGAGUUUCUCUCAUAGAAGUACCCUUACUGUACAUGAAAGAACCCACACAGGGGUGAAGCCAUAUGAAUGUGUGGAGUGUGGAAAGGGUUUCUCUCAUAGAAAUAGCCUUACUCCACAUCAGACAACCCACACAGGGGCAAAACCAUUUAAAUGUGUUGAGUGUGGAAAGACCUUCAGUCAAAGAGCACAAUUUACUAGACAUCAAAAAAUCCACACAGGGGUGAAACCAUAUGAAUGUGUGGAGUGUGGAAAGGGUUUCUCUCAUAGAAAUAGCCUUACUCCACAUCAGACAACCCACACAGGGGCAAAACCAUUUAAAUGUGUUGAGUGUGGAAAGACCUUCAGUCAAAGAGCACAAUUUACUAGACAUCAAAAAAUCCACACAGGGGUGAAACCAUAUGAAUGUGUGGAGUGUGGAAAGAGCUUCAGUAUGAGUAGCCAGUUUAUUUCACAUCAAAGAAUCCACACAGGGGAUAAACCAUUUAAAUGUGUGGAGUGUGGAAAGAGCUUCAGUGAAAGAGGAAGCCUUGCUACACAUCAAAAAACCCACAUGGGGGUGAAACCGUUUAAAUGUGUCAAGUGUGGCAAGACCUUCAGUCAAAGAGGAAACCUUGCUACACAUCAAAAAACCCACACGGGUGAAAUCAUUUAAAUGUGUCGAGUGUAGAAAGACAUUCAGUCACAGCGCACAUCUUGCUAGACAUCAAAAAACCCACACCGGUAAAACUAUAUGAAUGUGUGAAGUGUGGAGAGUUUCAUGGAUAGCAAUUGCCUUAGUACACAUCAAAGAACCCACAACUUGAGAGGGCAUUGCAUCAUGAGAAAGCCUCCUAAUUGGCUAAUUAAUCUUUGACUGUUGCUAAGGGUUUUUCUAUAAGAAUAGGUUUGAGAACUUUAGCCUUUGUUCACCUGGGUUGCAUUUUGCCUAUAGGUGGCUAUCUGUGUGGGGUUCCAGUUUCCAUCUGCUACCCAUGCUAUGCAUCUCUGGAUGUGGGUCUAUGCAACUUGUCAGUAUAGAAUAGGUUAGCUAGAUUUGUUUUGUGAUUGAACUCUGUGUAUUUUAGCUUACCCUUUGGCUGUGGGUUUUAAGGAACCAUUUUGCUGCAAUUUUUGUGCACUUGUAUAAUAUUUAAUAAAACUACUUCUUAUUUACCAGUGUGUGUUCAUUCCAGGGGGAAUUUGGCUCUGAAUCUGGUACCUUGGCUACUUAACCACAGACUACCAUGUAUUUGGUUGUUUGCUUAAGGAUCCAGGACAAGGGAGUGCCCUUUUGGCUCUUGUCUUUUUGAAUCCUUGGCAGGUUUACUCUUCUCUGAAUCCUUGGCAGGUUGCCAGUUUAAGGGGUGGUGGCAGUCUACCUACCUUGCUGGGUUGUUGUUGGUUUACUCAGCCCCAACAAGGAGAUACUUGCCAGGAUCAAUUGCCCUGGGUUUGGGAAUUGAGUCCUGGGACUGAACCACAUGUCAGGUUUAUGGCACAGGUUCAUGACAGUUGGUGUUGCAGAAAGAAGAGAUUUGGAGAAGGAGGUGGUAUGCUCACCAGGUCUCUGUUGCAGGCCGUGGUGGAAGACUUCUAGAAUAUUCUGUGGAGAUCGGGCUGUCCUUAUAGUCAAGGUAACCUUUGAAAUUUAACAACUGAAGUGCCUCAUAACUGACGGAAUAUACAGGGCCAUCAAAAGCACACGCACUCCACCUCACAGCUUACUGUGUAACCUGAUGCAAACUAUAAAAAUAUGUGCCCCUGCUAGGAGUCUAGCAAACAGUCUUGCGUGUUUUUUGGGUUUUUGAGGGGAUAUAUACUAUGAUCGGGUGCUGUUGAUACACCACAUUGGUGACUCGUAUAACGGACACUUGACCUGAUGUUUUAGGACUGUUUAUUUUGUACUUUAUAUUUCCCAUGUGACUUUUGUGUUGCUUGCAUACACUGUUUCCAUAUAUUUUUCCUCCUCCAAGAUUCAUCUGUGUAUUAUUUCCUUUUCCGUUGAUAUUCUUUGUAGC